GUUGGUUGGAUAAUUUUAAAUUGCCCGAUUUCUGUGAUUGGUGAAAAUAAACCGACAACAUUUUUAACGUUGAACUGGUUUGUUUAACGAAUCGUCAAGCGAAUAAAAAAAAUUUUAGACUAAAAAGAGAAUAACGAGAAUAGGAAUAGCCAGACCCGCAAACACUUUACAGAUAACCAUGAGCGAGAUAUCGGAAGUACUUCCACAAACCCCGGAAAGAGAGCAUAAACAAUCCGAAUCUUCGGAUACAGAAUACGAUGUGCACUAUUCGCCCAUUAUAAGUUUGCCUGAAGUCCAAGUCUCAUUGAAUGAAGAUGAUGAAACAGAAUUCCUUAAGAUUCGAGCUAAGUUAUACCGGUUUGAUUCUCUUAGCGAACCUGCAGAGUGGAAGGAAAGGGGUACGGGCGAAUUGAAAAUUUUGCGCCACAAUGAGAAUAGCUCAUUUCGCAUUGUAAUGAGACGCGACAAGACCCUAAAAGUAUGCGCAAACCAUUUUAUAACUCCUUGGAUGGAACUUAAACCAAAUUCAACAAACAAGAAAGCAUUUAUCUAUACCGUGUUGGGUGAUUUUGCAGAUGAACAAGUCAAAUCUGAGUGUCUUGCAGUGAAGUUCGGGUCUAUGGAGAAUGCAAAUUUGUUUAAGAAUAAAUUCGAAGAGGCCAAAAAAAUACUUAAAAUUGACUGUGAUUUAUAUAACGGUAAGGUAGAUAAGCUUAUUAAUGAUUCAUUGAAUGAGAGUCUGACCGAGAAUCGAAACAAUGAAGAGGCUGAAGAAAUUACUAAAAAACUAACAGAAUUAGAAGUUACCAAUGAGGAUGAAAAAGAGGAGUAGUAUUUGGAUAUAUUUUUUUUUAGUUAGGUAUGAUUUUAAGUUGGUUUUAUUAAAUUUUGAUAUUCUUGCUUGGCUAGUGUAAUAGGUCUUUACAUAAGGUUAGUUACAAUUAUUUUCAAAUAAUUUGUUGAAUUAGUAAUUAAUAAUGAUUACAAUUGUUACAACAUAAGGUUUGUUUCACUGCAGUUGUAAUACAUCAUCCAUACAAAAACUCAUUGGUGUUAGCUGUUAGAAAAGGGUUAGUUCAUAUGUGCAACACUCAUUAGGGUUUUGUUUUGCUUAUAAUUGUUGUGGGUUUAAUUGGAUUUCGCUUGACAGAUGACACCUAUAUUAAAACUAUUCUAUACAGAGUGUUAUUUAAAUAAGUUAAAAUAAACUUGAAGGGAAUGAGCUAAAGUUCUUAUAGACAUGGGCCCUAAUGCUUGUUUCCAUUACAGGUGUCAACUUUUUUUUUACUCGAAUUAGCCGAUUCUGUUGUAGAGUUAAUUUUUAAGAGUUUACUUGUUUAUAUGUAUAUGAUGUAAAUGAUUUUUUUACUCAAAAAUGAAAACUGAUUUAUUGAUAUUAAAACAAAGUUUGUCAACUCGAAAUUUAGCCACAUAAUAGUAGUUCGAUCUUCUGCGUAUUCUAAUUAUUACACAGGUAUUUCUAGGCAUGUUGUACAUUCCAAGAUGUAUUUUUCUAAUUGUUGGACAGUUGUGGUUUUUUUAUAAAUAUCGCAGAUAUUUUUUUAGAUUAAGAGAGCAUUAAAGUUUUC